AUGGCUUCCGAAAUUAACCCCAAAUCAGAGGCCUUCGAUGCCCACGAUGGCUCACCACGAUAUGACGAGAAGCAGGGCACCACAGAGCCCAUUCAAACGCCAAAGCAAUCAUGGGCCUUGCGCAAUGGUCUUACUCUCGAAUCCUUCAAGGCUCAUGAUGAUUACGGCAAGGGCACCGUUGAGCUUUCGCGGGAUAUGAAGCCUCGUCAUCUAAACAUGAUUGCUAUUGGUGGCAGUAUUGGUGCGGGUUUCUUCGUUGGUAGUGGUGGUGCACUUCAGACUGGAGGCCCUGGAUCACUGACCAUUGGCUUUCUGAUCAUGGGUGUCAUGAUCUUCAAUGUCGUCUACGCGCUGGGAGAACUCGCCGUCAUGUACCCCGUCUCUGGUGGUUUCUAUACGUUAGUAACACUCAUGGUCUUUCUCAUUGACAACACUAACCGCCUCAUCAGCUAUGCUAACCGAUUCGUGGAUCCUUCCUGGGGUUUCGCCAUGGGUUGGAAUUAUGUCAUGCAAUGGGCUUUUGUUCUUCCUCUCGAACUGACGGUUUGCGGUACCGUCAUCCAGUAUUGGGCGCCAGAUACCAGCGUCGCUAUCUGGGUUAGCGUUUUCCUUGCUGUCAUCAUUAUCGUUAACGUUUUUGGAACUCUCGGAUAUGCAGAGGAAGAAUUUUGGGCUGCUCUCCUCAAACUCUCCGCUACAGUCAUAUUCAUGAUCGUCGCCGUUGUUCUCGUCUGUGGCGGAGGUCCAUCCAACGGCAUUUACGAUGAAUACUGGGGUGCACGCCUUUGGCAUAACCCCGGUGCUUUCCAGCAUGGCUUUAGAGGAUUCUGCGGUGUUUUUGUUACUGCGGCUUUCUCCUUCAGUGGAACGGAACUUGUAGGUCUCGCUGCGGCUGAAGCCAAGAACCCAGCCAAGGCCCUACCAGGUGCUAUUAAGCAAGUCUUUUGGCGAAUUACCCUCUUCUACGUCGUUGGCCUUCUGCUCGUCGGCUUCCUCGUGUCUUCAACCGAUGAGAGACUUCUUAACGCUGGAAACAACAAUCCUAGUGCCUCUCCUUUCGUCAUCGCAGCAUCCAACGCUGGACUCAAGGGAUACGACUCCUUCAUGAACGUCAUCAUCCUCGUUUCCGUCCUAUCUAUCGGCGUUUCCUGUGUGUACGGUGGUAGCCGAACUUUGGUAGCUUUGUCGCAGCAGGGUUACGCACCUAAGAUCUUCUCUUUCAUCGACAAGUCCGGACGACCUCUUCCCGCUGUUGUCUCUAUCAUCGCAAUUGGUGCCCUCGGUUAUAUCAGUGUCAAUGGAGAAGGCACUACUGUUUUCAUCUGGCUACAGGCCCUUUCGGGUUUGGCUGCUUUGUUUACCUGGGGAUCUAUCUGCCUGUGCCAUAUUCGCUUCCGGUCCGCCUGGAAAUACCAUGGCCACACCCUCGACGAAAUUCCCUUCCAGCAUGUCUUUGGCGUUUGGGGAUCUUGGAUUGGUCUCAUCAUCAUUGUUAUCGUCCUCAUCGCGCAAUUCUAUACCGCCAUGACCAACAUUGACGGAUCUCUUGGGACGGCAGAGGGUUUCUUCCAGUCCUACCUGGCUAUGCCUGUGGUGAUUCUAUUCUAUAUAAUCGGAUACGUCUGGAAGCGGGAGGGCUGGAGGAAGAUCAGCGAGAUUGACCUCGACACUGGCCGCCGAGAGCAUGAUUGGGACACUAUCAAUGCUUACCGUGAGAAGCUUGCUAAUGGCCCCGCGUGGAAGCGUGUGUGGCAUCACUUGUUCUAA